AUGGCACCAACUCAGCCGACUCAAAGGCCACCACCACUGUACGCGAAACUAUUGCGAUUGGACAACCCCAUUCGGAGCUUGACAGUCGCCUUUUGGCUAUGGAAGGCGGUCCUGUACUUUGUUGUGGCCUACUGUCCAGGGGUGGGCUAUGACUCCUCCACCUCUUUGAUAUCGUAUGCUGCCAACCCAGCGGGCGGUCAGUCAGAGCCACUCUCGGGUCCUCUGAAAUUCGCCAGAUGGGACGCCAUCUACUUCCUGGAUAUUGCCGAAAAGGGAUACAUUUAUGAGCAAGAAUGGGCCUUUGGCUGGGGCUACACCAAGCUUCUAUCUCUUUUCCUAUCGGGCAUUCAGCUCACCGGCGGAGUCAUUGGGCCAAAUACCACCGCAGUGGUGGGAGUCGCUCUGUCCCAUGUCGCCCAUUAUCUGUCGGUGUUGUCUCUGUAUCGUCUAUCGGCGAACAUCUUUGGCCAUGCAACGGCUGCCCAACACCUCAUUUGCUUCUUGUCCGCAGCCUUGCACAUCAUCUCGCCAGCAGGCGCGUUUAUGUCAGCCCCCUACGGAGAGUCGAUCGUCUCCUUCCUUAACAUGACCGGCUUCUACCUUUACUCAUCAUCCCUCAUUGCGGAACGCAACAAUGCAGUCGGCCUGCGAGAUUUCCGGGUCCUCACCUCUGCGGCUCUAUUUGCCGUGGCCACCAUGGUUCGUAGCAAUGGUGUUCUCAGUGGGUUCCUCUUUGCCUACGAUGCCGUCAUCCUGGCUUGGAAGACUCUGACCCAGGGGCCUACAAUGCACAACACGAUUCGACUAGCAGUAAUCAUCCUCGGCGGUUGUAUUGUCGCGUCUGGGGUGGUCAUUCCGCAAUUUUUGGCUUAUCGCACGUACUGCCUGUCCGAGACUGACCUCCAGCCAUGGUGCGAGUGGACUGUGCCGAGUAUCUAUGGUUGGGUUCAGCAACGCUAUUGGGAUGUCGGGUUCCUGCGAUACUGGACCAUUUCCAACCUCCCCCUUUUCUUGCUGGCUGGUCCAAUGCUGGCUCUCUUGUGUCGGUCCGCUGUGUGGGGAUUACAGAGCCCAUCCUCCUCGUCAACCAGCCCCGGAUCCAUGCUUACUCGGCUGGCGGUCCCUCAGGGUUUGUUGGCCGUCAUGGCAUUUACUAGCUAUCACGUGCAGAUCAUUAAUCGGAUCUCGUCGGGAUAUCCUCUAUGGUAUUGGUUCUUGGUUACCAGUGCUGUGGACACGGCUUCGAGUUCGCCCAAGCUAAGCCGCACGUUGGUAGUUGCCGUAUACAGCAUGGUGGCUUAUGCAAUGAUCCAGGGGGUUCUAUUUGGUUCUUUUUUACCCCCAGCUUGA